UGCCAUUUUCUGUUAAAUAUUUGGUAUCCCAAAUUUCUAGUUUUCCUCACAAGCUUUAUUCCGCUCGCUAGUCCGCCACCUCAGGGGAACGAUGGCCGCAGAGUCCACAGCCGCUGCCGCCAUCGCUGCGGAGCUGGUUCCCGCCGACAAAAUUGAGGAAGAUGCUCCAGCUCCUUCUACCUCUGCAGAUAAAGUGGAGAGUUUGGAUGUGGAUAGUGAAGCUAAGAAACUACUGGGUUUAGGACAGAAACAUCUGGUGAUGGGGGAUAUUCCAGCAGCUGUCAAUGCAUUCCAGGAAGCUGCUAGUCUUUUAGGUAAAAAGUAUGGAGAAACAGCUAAUGAAUGUGGAGAAGCCUUCUUUUUCUAUGGGAAAUCGCUUCUGGAGUUGGCAAGAAUGGAGAAUGGUGUGUUGGGAAAUGCCCUGGAAGGUGUGCAUGUGGAAGAGGAGGAAGGAGGCAAAACAGAAGACGAAUCUUUGGUAGAAAAUAAUGAUAACAUAGAUGAGGAAGCAAGGGAAGAGUUGAGAGAACAGGUUUAUGACGCGAUGGGAGAAAAAGAAGCAGCCAAAAAAACAGAAGACAAAUCUUUGGUAAAGCCUGAAACUGAUAAAGAACAAGAGACUGAAACAGAGAAGAGUGGAAGAGAAGAUAUGGAUUUAAGUGAGCCUACAGAGGAGCUACGGGCAACCCCAGAUCAGUUAACUGACAUCACCAAAGAGGCAAAAGGAGUGGCAGCACCAGGACUGAAUGAAGCAGAGGUCACUUCUGAGAAGCCAGAACAGGAAGCACCAGAUGCUGAGGAAGGAAAAUCAGUACCUGGAACACACAUCCAGGAAGAAGAGCACAGAGAAAAAGGAGGUCAGGAGAAGCAGGGAGAGGUAAUUGUGAGCAUGGAGGAAAAGCCUAAAGAAGCUUCAGAAGAACAGUCUGUUGCGACUCUAGAAGAGCAGGGCUCCGCAGUGGAGGUAGAAGCAGAGCCUGGAGACCCGACAGUCAAGCCAUUGGAUUUGGGUGGGGAAGAGCCAAAUGAACAGGUAGCUACCUCUGAAAAUGAGCCAGGAAAUGUUGUUCUUGAGGAGCAGUUUGUAGGGCAAGAAGUGCCUCUUGCUGAGGAGUCACCAGAGGUGGGAACAGAGGCUGCAGAGGCUGGAUCAGAAGUCUCUGAGAAGCCUGGGCAGGAAGUCAAAGUUCCUCCAAAGGAUGGUGCAGUCAGUGGACUUUCAGCUGCAGGAGACCAGACUCCUUUCAAACCACAGAUGUCUGCAGAAGGACCAACAGAAGCAAAAGAUGGCUCAGGAGUAGAGAAGGUCAGGGCAGAGCUGGUUCCUAGCCAGGUGGAAACUAAACUGUCUGUAGAAGAGUCUGAGGCAGCUGGAGAUGGGGUUGAGACCAGGGUAGCCCAGGGGGCUACUGAGAAAUCGCCUGAAGACAAAUUUAAGAUAGCUGCUAAUGAAGAGACCCAAGAGAGAGAAGAACAGAUGAAAGAGGGUGAAGAAACCGAAGGCUCAGAAGAGGAGGAUAAAGAAAAUGACAAGGCCGAAGAAAUGCCAAAUGAUUCAGUUCUUGAAAAUAAGUCUCUUCAAGAAAAUGAAGAGGAGGAGAUUGGGAACCUAGAGCUUGCCUGGGAUAUGCUGGAUUUAGCAAAGAUCAUUUUUAAAAGGCAAGAAACAAAAGAAGCUCAGCUUUAUGCUGCACAGGCACAUCUUAAACUUGGAGAAGUUAGCGUUGAAUCUGAGAACUACGUGCAAGCUGUGGAGGAGUUCCAGGCUUGCCUAAACCUGCAAGAGCAGUACCUAGAAGCCCACGAUCGCCUCCUUGCGGAGACUCACUAUCAGCUAGGCUUGGCCUAUGGGUACAACUCUCAGUAUGACGAGGCAGUGGCACAGUUCAGCAAAUCUAUUGAAGUCAUUGAGAAGAGAAUGGCCGUACUAAAUGAGGAGAAGAAGGAGGCUGAAGGAUCACCUACUGAAUAUGAGAAAGAAAUUGAGGAGCUGAAGGAACUGCUACCUGAAAUUAGAGAGAAGAUAGAAGAUGCAAAGGAGUCCCAGCGUAGUGGGAAUGUAGCUGAAUUGGCUUUGAAAGCUACUCUGGUGGAGAGUUCUACUUCAGGUUUCACUUCUAGUGGAGGAGGCUCUUCAGUCUCCAUGAUUGCCAGUAGAAAGCCAACAGAUGGUGCUUCCUCAUCAAACUGUGUGACUGAUAUUUCCCACCUUGUCAGGAAGAAGAGGAAACCAGAGGAAGAGAGCCCCCGGAAAGAUGAUGCAAAGAAAGCCAGACAAGAGCCGGAGGUGAAUGGAAGCAGCGGGGAUGCUGUCCCCAGUGGAAAUGAAGUUUCAGAAAACAUGCAGGAGGCCGAGAAUAAGGCUGAAAGCCGGGCAGCAGUGGAGGGGACAGUGGAGGCCGGAGCUACAGUUGAAAGCACUGCAUGUUAAGAGAGGGAGCAGACACUUCCUCCUGAGGGAAAGUUUUUUUGUAUAUAAUGUAUUUUUUCACUUUGGGGGGAUUCUUUUUAUAUAACUUCAAUAAAGAUUGUAAGCAAAGGUUGAGGCUUUGUUGGUUUUUUUCUUAAAAUAUUGACUGUAUCUGUGCCUUGGAGCACUCCAGGUUUUAUAUAGUGGCCAAAGGUAUUCCCCCCGGCCCCGCCACCCCUUCUGUGCUGAUCUCUGUGCUGGAAGUUUUAAUCCCCAAUUCCUGUCUGUGUAAUGUACAGGUGAUCAGAUCAGGUAUUGCUUUAGGCCCCUCAUCUUCCAACGGUGCUAUAUUUUCCAUUUUUAAAUACCUGACUGAGCCCAGCUGUCUUGCAGACCUUCAGUGGUGCUGCCCCUGUAUGGGGACUACAAAGACAAGACUUACUGAAGAUCUUGCUGUUUGGUGCUGAUCAAGGAUGAUGGACUUUGGCUGUUUGCUACAAGCAGCCUCCAUUCAGGCCUUGGGUGAUACCUGUCUUCUACCUAACUACCCAAAUGGGGCUUUAAUCCCACCUUGGAAAAAGAACUCUGAAGAAAACAUUGGGGAAGUGAUCUCUGAGGAAAACAGUUGGCCUAUUUAAUUGUAGAGAAUUGAGUUCAAUGGUGUGAAAGAGGCUGAAGGAUUGUGAUGGACACUUUGAAUGUGGUUGAAAGAAUCUUUGUGGGGAGGCUGGCUGGUUGUUACAUUAUCUUCUGUAUAGAAAGGUUGAAAUAUAUUAUCCCUUGGAAUUGUUACCCUCUCUGCAGUUUCGACUUCUCAAAUAAACAUGCUAAAAGGCUCCUGGUCUGGACUUGUGUUUAAAGAUUUUACAGUGGGAUGCUGGGCUGCUUGGAGCAGUUUAGUUUAGAAUGUGGGGAUUUUAUUUAAUCAUUCUGACACCCACAGGGCUACUCUGCUGCUUAGGAUAGACAGUAGGUUAAAAUCUGCUGUUUUAACAUCCUAUGUUGAAGGCAGAGAGAGUCGUGCUGGACCCCCAAGUCAACCCCAGUUUUCAGCAUUGAUUUUUUUUUUUUGCUACUUAAAAUGGAGUUUUUCUGGCCUGGUAAUAGUGACUCAUGGCUGCAGAAUCUCUGGCUUAUUCUGGCUUUGAACUUGCUUUCUGAAGAUGCUCUUGUAUGUAUGUUCCAAGUCCUGAGACCUUGUUUUGGUCAGGCCAGUACAGUCAUGACACAGUUGAGUCCCAGACCCUUGACCUCCUAUGAUUGACAGUGGGGUCUGGGGCUAGGACCAGUAUCUAAUUUUAGCUAGGUACCACAUGUGACCCCACUUGGCAGAAAUUUCAUUGGGCUAGGGCUCUACCCUGAAUCUGUAAAUACAGAAGGCUACAGGAGCUUUGUAUUUAUGAGGAGCUUGAGUGUCUAGGAGGUUUCUUGGAGGGUGUUCCGAGGUGGAAUUUGAAUGAAGUGCAGCAAUAAGAAUGGCGUUAAGCAAAAGAACAGGUGGGAAUGAGCUUAUCAAGUUCCGUAAACUGGAAUUAAAAUACCCCAUGUCACCUUGCAAAGAACUUCCUGUGUGCCAGAUAGUAUUGUAAAUAUGUGAGAUACUCAUUUAAUCCUUAAACAUCAAUCUGUUUUAUAAAAGAAAAACAAGCACAGAAAGGUCAAGUACUUACGGAAGGUGGUAAAACCUGUGGUUGGAACUCACAUUUUGUGUUCCUAACAGCUAUUUGACUCGACCUUGUGUUAGAACACAGAGUAAUAAAGCCACAGGUCUGGGAACACAGCUCAGCCCAGGACUUAGUCUUGUGCAUGUUAAGACAGUCAUACCUACGUUUAUCAUCUGGGCUUAGAAACCCAGCAAGGGUGGGACAAAGCUGUGGUGAGGACCCAAACUCUAAUCUCUGUCUUUGACUCCAGUGAGGGACUCCUCUGCAGGAGGUGGAGGAUCAGCAAAGCCAGCUGAGGGGGCGAGGGAGCUGCCUUCCAGUGAUGAGCUGGACAUCUGUGGAGUUGGGAAAGGCAGGUCCUCAGCAAGACCGUAGAGGUUAGGAGCACAGGUUUUGGCGUCACACUACCUUAAUUUGAUCCUGUCUUGACUACUUACUGUGAACCUACUUAAAACCCAUUUGUGCCUUGAUUUCCUCAUCUGUUUAUAAUGUUGGGUACUGUGGAGUUGAUUUCGGCUCAUAGCGACCCCAUGUGACAGAGUAGAAUUGCUCCAUAGGAUUUUCUAGUCUUUGGUCUUUACAGGAGCAGCUCACCAGUUCUUUCUCCUGCUGAACAGCUGGGUGGGUUCAAACCUCCAGCCUUUUAGUUAGCAACCUGGUUGCAUCACCAGGAUUCCUUAAUUAAAAAAGCAAAAACCAAAGCCACUGCUGUCAAGUCAGUUCUAACUCAUAGUGACCCCAUAG